CAGAAAUAGAUAUUGGAAUCUGGAGUCAGUGAGAUAGAGAAAAUACAGGGGCAGACAAAUUAAGUGACAGAGUUUCUGGACUGUACUCUCGGACCACCUACAUAAACUGGAUUAUUGUAACUUUUCAUCCAGCGCAUUUGUGUUGACAGCAUUAUUUUUUAACUGCAUUUCUGCAUCUUUCCAACUAGAUGAACUGGGAUAGUUGGAGAUCUCACUUUGACUCAUUCACUGAUGCCCAUAGCCCUUGUCAGAGGACAGAGGGGAAGUGAGCAGUGCUGGGUCACCAAUGGCUCCUGUGAUGGGAAUCCGCCUUGCAGGGCAUCUGCUGUUCCUACAGGGAGUGCUUGCGCUGCUGGGAGGGGGAGGGGCCAGGAGAGCGGCGAGCUGGGAUCACGACCUACAGUGCCACAGAGCUGAGCACCCAUUCAUCACACAUGCAGAAAUAGAGCCUUGGCUUCACAAGUUCAGAGAUGAGAAGACUGUGGAUUAUUCCCAGUUAACUUUUGACCCAGGCCACAAUGAACUUAUUGUUGGUGCGAGGAACCAUCUCUUUAGGCUACGUCUGGAGGACCUGUCACUGAUCCAGGAGGAGGAAUGGGAGUGUGACGAGUUUACUAAAAGAGCAUGUUUCAGUAAAGGCAAAUCAGAGGAAGAAUGCCAGAACUACAUCCGUGUUCUUCUUGUAAACGGAGACAGGCUCUUUACCUGUGGAACCAAUGCAUUUACUCCCAUUUGCACCAAUCGCACGUUGACAGACUUGACAGAGAUCCACGACCAGAUUAGCGGUAUGGCUCGGUGUCCCUAUAGCCCCCAGCACAACUCCACUGCUUUGAUUACCUCGAAUGGAGAGCUGUAUGCAGCCACUGCUAUGGAUUUCCCUGGGAGAGACCCAGCCAUCUACCGCAGCCUGGGUGGACUUCCGCCUCUCCGCACUGCGCAGUACAACUCAAAAUGGCUCAAUGAGCCCAAUAUUGUUUCUUCUUACGACAUUGGAAAUUUCAUCUAUUUCUUCUUUCGGGAGAAUGCGGUAGAACAUGACUGUGGCAAGACUGUCUUCUCACGAGCAGCUCGAGUCUGUAAGAAUGACAUUGGGGGCAGGUUUCUCUUGGAAGAUACAUGGACCACUUUCACAAAAUCCCGUCUCAACUGCUCCCGGCCUGGAGAAAUCCCUUUUUACUACAACGAACUGCAGGGCACCUUCUUCUUACCAGAGCUCGAGCUCCUGUAUGGGAUCUUCACCACUAACGUGAACAGCAUCGCCGCCUCAGCAGUGUGCGUUUUCAAUCUGAGUGCAAUUACCCAAGUGUUCAACGGGCCAUUCAAAUACCAGGAGAACUCACGCUCUGCAUGGCUGCCUUAUCCCAAUCCCAACCCCGACUUCCAGUGUGGCACCAUAGACUACGGAGUGUACAUGAACCUGACAGAGAGGAACCUACAGGAUGCCCAGAAGUUCAUCCUGAUGCAUGAAGUGGUCCAGCCAGUCACUCCUAUUCCCUACUUCAUGGAGGACAAUAGCCGCUUCUCGCAUAUUGUGGUGGAUGUUGUACAGGGCAAAGACAUGCUCUUCCAUAUCAUUUAUCUUGCAACAGACUAUGGCACCAUCAAAAAGGUCCUCUCCCCAUUGAACAAUUCAAUGAGUAGCUGCUUGCUGGAUGAAAUUGAACUUUUCCCAUCUGGACAGAGACAACCCAUCAGAAGCUUGCAGAUUCUGCACAGUCAGAGUAUUCUGUUUGUGGGCCUCUGGGACCAUGUGAUAAAAAUCCCUCUCAUGCACUGCACUUUCUAUAAAACCCACAGUGCCUGUGUUGGAGCCCGGGACCCCUACUGUGGUUGGGACCUGGUGCUGAAGAAAUGCACAACCCUGGAUGAGAGUCUCAGUAUGAGUCAAUGGGAGCAAAGCAUCACAGAGUGUCCGUCAAUGAAUAUGACCAUUGACGGGCACUAUGGAGCUUGGUCACUCUGGAAACCCUGCAGCCACACUGAUGGUAAUAGUGUUGGUUCCUGCCACUGCAGGACCAGAUCCUGUGACAGUCCAGCCCCACAGUGUGGUGGUCAGCUGUGUGAAGGCCCAAGCAUGGAGGUUGCCAACUGCUCCAGGAAUGGAGGCUGGACACCUUGGACUAUUUGGUCUCCCUGCAGCACUACUUGUGGGAUUGGCUUUCAGGUUCGGCAGCGCUCCUGCAGUAACCCAAGCCCUCGACAUGGAGGAAGAGUCUGUGUGGGUCAAAACAGGGAGGAGAGAUACUGCAAUGAGCACUUGCCCUGUCCGCCGCACGUCUACUGGUCGAGCUGGGGUUCGUGGGAACGCUGCACAGCUCUUUGCGGGGGAGGGGUGCAGGCCCGACACAGGACCUGUGAGAAUGGGAAUGAAUGUCCCGGUUGUAGUCUGGAGUACCAGUCCUGUAACACUGUCUCCUGUCCAGAGAUGAAAAAGACGACUCCCUGGACACCCUGGACCCCAGUCAACAUCUCAGACAACGGGGGCCACUAUGAGCAGCGUUUCAGAUACACCUGCAAGGCCCGGCUGGCAGAUCCCAGCCUGCUGGAGGUGGGGCGACAGAGGAUCGAGAUGCGCUACUGUUCUAGUGAUGGCACAACAGGGUGUUCCACUGAUGGAGAGCUCCUGCGCUCUGGCAGGUUUUCGGCACACACUGUGAAUGGCGGCUGGUCCUCCUGGACUUCGUGGUCCCAGUGCAGUCGGGACUGCAACAAAGGGAUCCGCAGCCGCAAACGCAUCUGCAACAACCCAGAGCCCAAAUAUGGGGGGAUGCCGUGUCUCGGCCCUUCUCAGGAGUACCAAGAGUGUAACAUCACGCCUUGCCCAGUUGACGGUAGUUGGUCCUGCUGGUCGUCCUGGUCCAAGUGCUCUGUGACCUGUGGAGGCGGGCACUACUUGCGCACUCGCACCUGCACUAAUCCACCACCUGCAUACGGAGGGGACAUCUGUCUGGGACUGCACACUGAAGAAGCCCUGUGCAACACACUGCCUUGCCCAGAGAGCUGGUCGGGCUGGUCUGAAUGGUCUGAGUGUGAUUCCUCUGGGCUGCAGGUUCGAGUUCGUCAUUGUGACAUUCUCUUCCCUACUGGAAACCAAUGUUACGGAAACAGGACUGAGACCAAAACGUGCAUCUUUGAGUCCAACUUUAUAUCUGAAAUCUCUAUAGCACGAUCAAGCACAGGAGAGAGACGAUGUGGAGAAUUCAACCUGUUCCAUAUGAUUGCUGUGGGUUUAAGCAGUUCUUUACUGGGUUGUCUGAUCACUUUGCUCAUCUACACCUAUUGCCAGCGGUACCAGCAGCAAUCCCAUGAUGCUACUGUCAUUCACCCAAUAUCAGCAGCUCCCCUCAACACCAGCAUCACGAACCAUAUCAACAAAUUGGACAAGUUUGAUUCUGUGGAAGCCAUUAAGCUCCACCAAGGAAACACUUGAGGCCUUCAAUAAAAAUAAUCUCAUCCUGGAGGAGAGAAAUAAAUACUUCAACCCCCAUCUCAACGGGAAGACUUACACAAACACCUACUUCACAGAUCUCAAUACCUAUGAGGAAUACUAGCAAGUGCUGGGUGGUCCUCCACAGCCGGCCUGUCCUCUGUUGGCUCUGGAUAUUAGAUAACAGAACCCUUUUAAAAAUUCAGUAAAUGUGUCUUUUUGCUUUGUGGUUUGCAAAGAAACAUACAAUAUACUUCAUGGAACCAUCCAGCCAUGGAACAUCAUGUGUUGCCAUCCAAUGAUUUACCAAGAGCCAUAAACUGCAAAGCGACCAAGAACGAUGUACAGCACUUAUCAAGAAAACUGGUGCCUACAAAAACUCCAAUCCAAUUUGAAACUGUAUUUCCCAAACAAAUGGAACAAGGAGGGGACAAAAGAUUUUGGUAGUACUCAAAGAUGAGUGGUUUUACACUCCAUUAGGGGUUCCUCUCAAUGCUAGUAGAUCAAUGGCUUUUAGAAGACACCUCAAGACUGUUUGCAUGAUGUUACUGGACACAUUAUCUGUUGCUUCAUUGAUUUGCAUGGUUAAUUGCAUUCCAAAGUCCUACAUUCUGCAGUUUAUGGAACACAUUGUCUGUACUGCUGUAGAAACAGAAACUGUGCCAGGUGCUCUACCAAGGGAAACAGCAUGUAUUGUCUGUGUGAGGAAGUCAAAUCCUUUGGACAGACAAUCAUGAAGAUGUAGAUAUUUUGUUCUGGCUGGAAAUAUGUGUUAAUGAUUCUGUAUGGGGGCCUUGUCGGUCAAAUGAUUUGGUGAUGUCAAAUUGCAAAUCUUUACAGUAUGAUGCAUUUUGGGGAAACCAGAUGCAUUGGGAAGUUGUAGUCUACCUGUAUCAUAAGUAAAAUAAUCAUGUAAAACAACAAACAAAUAAGAAUAAAUCAUAAAUACAUAUGAAUCUUUGAAUCUGGACACUGACUGGAAUUUGAAUUGUUAUUGUUUUAUAGCAAAGCAAAGCUAAAUUAUUUGACUGACAAGUUGACUACAUUAUCUAAUCAAAAAGGUUUUCAUUUUAGCUUCCUCUAUAAGUUGACCUAAUGAAAAUAGUAUAGAAGUUUUUUUUAUAUAUAUAUAUACAAGUUAUAAACUUUCAAAGUUUGAUGAGUGAAAUACAGAUAACCCCUAAUGGAGAGCAUUACUGAUAUCGAAAGGGGUUGCCAGAGAGACAAGCCCCAUGUGCUGUAUAUAUUUCAGCUGUAUUUAAAACUAACCUUUUUGCAAGUUCUCUUUAUGAGCUUGCCUCUUUCGUUUUCUUCCUUCUUUUCAUAAGUAACCAAGAUUUCUAUUAGCAAACACAUUUGAACCUGCAUUUUAUCAAAUUAGCUGUGCACCAUUGGAAAAAUUAUCUACAACUAGUAAUUUCAUAUUCUGUUAAAUUUGAUUAAAAAGCCAACAAGUCUAAUACUAUUUCUUUAGUUAUAAAUUGCAGGGCUUAUAAAAAAAAAGGAGAGAUGAAGGACACGGAGCCAAAGCCCUUUGUCUACAGGAUAUUUCCAUGGACAGGCACAGCAGUGUUCCUCACUCUGCCAGUAUGAGUCAAACCUCAACCUGAUAGGACCAUCUGUGUAAAAAGGGUAAUCGAGUCUCUGCAAUUAAUCAAUCCAGGCUUCUUGUGGACAAAGACUACUGAUUGUGCUAAAUUUCAUGAUGUUUUUGUGAAGUAGUCUGAGACUAUGUUGACUCAUACUGUAUUAAUCGUUUACUAUAUAUAAAAUAAAAUGCAUUUUUCCAACAACUGUAAGGAAAAGGCCAAUAUAAUGGUCCUUUCAGUUAAUCCACUGUGCCAUUAAUGUCAUAUUCAGCUGUGUUUCUGUUAAGAGCUGCAUUAAACUUACUAUAUUUUGUUCAGUAGCAAUUCCAUAGUCAUAAACAUGUGGUGACAUUAAAUGUUAUCUGUUUUCUAA